AUGUCGGGUAAUCCAGGUAAUUCAUUAAGAGCAUUGUCACCAACGCCCCCUGAACGUGGAUCAUUCCCAUUAGAUCAUGACAAUGAAUGUAUUAUACAAAUGCAAAAAUAUUUGAAUUGUAUGAAACUGGUUGGUAAUGAAAAUGCCCCAAAUUGUAGAUUAUUAGCAAAAGAGUAUCUAAGAUGUAGAAUGGACCAUAAAUUAAUGGAUAGAGACGAUUGGAAUCACUUAGGAUUGCCACGUGAUUUGGAGGAAGAGUCCAUUAGCAGGGAUAAAGAUGAACAUUAUUUUGGUCAGGGUAAAUAG